AUGGCUGUUUCUUCCUGCACUGCAUCCAAUCUUCUGGCACAAGUCCAGGGCCAGACGAUGUAUGUGCCACCUCUUGAUUCUCUUUAUUCCAACUGGAUUCAAGGGGUCAACCCGCUUGUCGAGGAAAUAAGGCCUCUUGUUGAAGAGCUUCUGGUGCGGUAUGUCCCCCAAAAGGAAGACCUGAGUCACGCCCGAGCCUCUGCAUAUUGUCUUUUCGCAGCUACAUGGUAUCCAGACUGCGAUUUGCCGAGACUCCAGUUUGUCGUCAUAUAUUCCAUCUUUCUUUUCUUCUGGGAUGACAACAUCGAUCGUGAAGAAGGAUCUUGUGAUCGAGAAUUGUCCUAUGAUAUCAAUCUCGGUACCCAGUACCGCUCCGAAGCCAAGGGAUAUGUCAAUUGGCAUCUAGGGUUCGAGGCCAAGGGUUGUCCUGAGCCGGAAUACCGGAACCCCCAACUCGAGAUGUUUGGCAUGGCGGCAAAAAUCUUGAGAAAAAUGGCAGAUAAAGAUACCUUGAGGCGCUUCCGGGAUGAAGUUUACAUGAUGGGGGUCAGCUUUCCCCAAGCGUUGUUGGACUCGCAGGAGAUGCUGGACUGCUGGACUGAAGUGAACAAGAACAUUAUCUUCGAAAAUGAUCUUCUCUCAUUUAAGAAGGAAGUGGCUGAUGGAGCAACGACUACCUUGGUCCCAGUCCUUAUGAACGAGCACUCCAUCUCUAUGAACGAUGCUGUAGCUUUAACGGUUGCAGGGCUUGCUGAGUGCUGCAAGCGAUUUGACACGGCCGCUACCGCACUGAGGAAGAGAGCGACGGAGUUUGAUCCUAAUGUUCAGAAUGGUGUGGGACGACUGGUUAAAUGUUUCGAGACUAUGCAGAGUGGCUGCUACAACUGGAGUAAGAAGACCGACCGCUAUGGUGUAGGGCCAUAUCGUAAAGAGGAUGGCUCUCUCCAGUUUCAGCUCUGA